AUGAUAAAAGGUGUAAUAAUAAUUAAUAAUUCCGGAAAACCAAGAUUUUUACGUUUUUAUGAUGGAAGUAGUCAUGAGAGACAACAAUUAAUAAUUAAAAAAAUUCAUGAAAUUUUAACAAAAAGAUUGGAUAAAGAAUGUUGUUGUUUUAUUGAAGACAAGGAAUUAUUCGAUUCAGAUGUAAAAGUUGUAUAUAGGCAUUUUGCUACUUUAUAUUUCGUUUUUAUUAUUGAUACUAUGGAAAGUGAAUUAGGAAUUUUAGAUUUAAUUCAAGUCUUUGUUCAAGUUUUAGAUGCUAAUUUCGAAAAUGUUUGUGAACUGGAUUUAAUAUAUAAUUAUGAACAAAUUAAUUAUAUAUUAGACGAAAUAAUUAUGGGGGGCAUAGUAUUAGAAACAAAUAUAGAUACAAUAAUUAGUUCAAUAAAUGGAUCUAAAAAAUUAAUUGAAAAUGAAUCUUCUUUUUUCGGUGACUAA